GCCUAUGAUUAUCGUUGUGUUAGCGCGCAAUGAAAACUAAGCUUAAUAAACAGAAACAAAAAACAUAUUUGAAAUACCCUAGCACAAGGGGAAAUACCCUGGUCAAUAGAAUUUUCCCUCAUUAAAAAGUUUAUUUUAUAAAUUUGGCAAUGAGAUGCAUAGUCCUUAUUACUUUUGUUUUGUUGUUAGCAUAUUUUUUAAAACCGUUUUGAAAAUUGUGUAACUUUAAAGUUGUUGUUGUUCUUUGUUCUGACAACAUGUAGUUUUAUGUUUAUCGGUAAUGUUUGGCUAUGUAACAGAUCUUACAUACUUACAACACCUAACUUUCAAUUUACAGAAUAAUUUAAAAAAGAAACCACCAUGUCGGCAUUAAUAGGGGUGCUUUUGGAUGUGUCUGGAUCAAUGGAAAAAAGUAUCGGUACCGACGUUCGUGAAGAUGGCGGAGCCUGGGCGCGUUCCAUAUUUCAAGUUUUAGACGACCUGAUUAAACACGAUGUUUCACAGGAGAAUAAAGUGUUUGCCCUUGCAGUGGGUGGUAGAAAAUACAUGGAAACCUUUGAUUUACUGAACACUGUUCGAAAACAUCUGGAGCGUCGUAAAGCAUACAAUAAUUAUUUUAAAAUAGAUAUCAUAGAACAGUGUUUACAUUUGUUAAAAGAAGGUGGUGCUCCAUAUGUUGAUAAAUGGACUAGUAUAAGCACGAUUGAUGAGGCUGUUUCUCUUGAAGAUGCAGAAUUGAUGCUUGACGAGCUUACAUACGACUGUAAAUUCAAAGAAAGAGUGGCAUUGGAAUAUCUACCUGGCCCAUGUCGGAAUAAAGUAGCAUCUACUGCUCGAGAUAAAGCAGCAUAUGCUGCUUCAACAGCUGACAGUGUAUUAAAAACAUUUCCGAAUGCUGUUUCAAUGGUUGAAGGUGUAUUAAAACGUAUUCUGACUGACUUUAGUUUGAGUAUUGAUGAGGAAAAAAUUGGUUUAAUUGCAAAUAAAAGAGAUAUUAGGGAAGUUGUGUCUCAGGCCAGGGAAUAUUUACUGAAGCGAGAUGAACAUACUAUUAUUGGUAAUUCUGUCAUUACUGUUCAUCAAGCUGCUGAAAUUUUGCACGGUUGUAUAGAAAACAAAGAAAGCUUAACAGAGGGUCAAAUUAAUGAAUUAAUGGAAGUGGUUGAACCGUUUAUAUACGGUAACACACCCCUUAUUACUGCAAUGCGACAAGCCACACAAAUAUUUGAUUUCAGUCCUAAAUAUCAGCAACAAAAAAGAGUAUUGUUCAUAUUGUCAGAUGGUGAUCCCUCUGAUGGUGUUUUAUCAGAUGUACCCAUGGCAACACUAGAAACCCUAGAUGUCACUGUCAUCUGCUGCUUUAUAACAGAUAUGUCCAUUGAUGAGCCAAAAAGGCUUUACAGUAAAGAGCAGGAAAAUUGGUGCAAAGAAGCCAACUUUAUGUUCCACGUCAGCUCAAAGGUUCCAACACAACUCUUACCCCGGACUAUAUUUGUUAAGCGAGGCUGGAACGUGGAUGUCGAUAACAACGAGACAAGAUUGUUCAUCCAGGCUAAUCAUCCAGAUAUUAUAGCUGAGGCUUGCGAUUUAGCUAGAAAUGUUGUUUGUUGCCAAGAUGCUUUGACAGAUGUACUAUCGUCAGUGUCGCUAGAUAUGUACAUCAACCAAAGCCAGCAGAAUUUUGGAGCUCAAAAGCAGGUAGGGGGUACAUGUUAUGCAAAUGCUACUGCAGCUGUUCUUCACCUUUCUAUGCAUCGUAUCAUAGGACGAGAUGGUGGUUAUCCUGAGUUUGAUACUUUAAGAGAUAGCAUUAUAGCUACGUAUGGUAAGAACGGUGCGAGCACAGCAAAAGUAUUAGAGGAAGUCUGUCCAAGGUAUCGUCUGCAGUUCAAAGAAGUGGAUACUGUGCAUGCGUUGAAUUCUGUGACUUCGAAGCGACCUGUAUUGGCGCGGUUUUACCUAACUAGCAGUGAAUGGGAGAUAUUUUCGAAAUUUUAUCGUGAAAAUCCACGAGGAAUAUUAUCGAAAGCGGUUCUUGACAUUACACAACGUCCUCGAAAUGCAAAGCUUCAAGGUCAUGCCGUUGUGUUGACCAGCUUCAACAGUGAAUGUUUACGUCUAAUGAACUCGUGGGGGUGCAACUGGGCUGAUCAAGGUUUCUUCCGUGUGAGUAACGCCAGCGUGCUUCAGCUUUAUUUUAUUGAUGUUUACUGGACAUUGAAUGAUCUAAAACUAUCGGAAAUUGACGCAUAUGACCGUUACGGUGCCGCAGUCGCAGAUGUGCUGACUAAUAAUUUAAAAGGUUUACAAACGGCGCGUUACACUUGUCCGCUGUGUGGCGUAUCAUCCCUUGUGUCAGAAUUUUCUGGACGUCUUGACAAAGCUACAUGUCCAAAUUGCACAGAUGAGUUUCAAGCAAAUCAAACAUGCAAUAUAUUGGCCUUGAACCUUUACCUCACAUCUUUAUGUUAUUAAAUUUGAUAACGGAACUUUAAUUUUGAGAGUUUAAGCAUGGUUUAAGUCUUAUUUCCACCACAUCCAUAGGCAGUAUUUUUAUGCACGCAUUUAGAAAUAUUAUUUAUUUAAAGUUUAUUUCUUUGUCAUUUUGUUUAUUUGUAAACGUUUUGCUUCGAAAUACCCUACAUUUUUCGGAACACCUUCGGCUUGGGGUACAUAAAAAUAAAAUUUGUUACCAUCGCACUUGCAGAUAUAAUAAUCCAUGUUUAUAACAUUACAAUUUUAACAUUUACCAACCCUACCAACUUCGAUCCUACGACUUGUAGUAGCGUUUUUUCGAUAUGAGCGCUAAAGGCAUGGGAUUGAGGUUGAGUGUCCUACCUUCUUUUUUAUAACUUUGAAACGUUUCAUCUAAUUUCCUAGAAACAUUCAGAAACCGAUUUUUUUCUCUAAAUUUGAAAUAAAUUUGUGAAAAUACUUUCAGCAAAUUUUUGACCGAUUGUAUGCCAAGCUCAUUUUCAAAAGAAACACGUGCAUGUAUUUAGGAGGUCUUACUUUGUAAGCAUUUUAAUUGUACGUAGUUAUUUCGGGUAAUUAGUUAAUUACGCUGUAGUUAUAUUAAUUGUCUGAAAAAAAUCGUGCAGAAGUUGA